AUGGAUCCAUGUCCUUUCGUGCGGAUUGCGGUAGGGAACGUGUGCCUGAGGUUUCCCGCCAAAACCCACCUCGAUUCGACGCGGUAUUGCUGCAGGUUCAAGCUCAAGGGCUUCCCCGCCCAAUUCUCCGACGUGUCCCUCCUGGGACCGGACAGCGACGCAGUCGAGAGCAGGAUCCACGCCUGCUUCGCCAUGGGCAGGUCCGAAUUGGAGAGAUUGGCGGAGAAAUCGGGUAAGUUUUGCUCUCUGAGGGUCGAAGUCCGACGGCGGUGCGGCGGGGGCGGCAGGGUUUGCAGGUUCGUCAAUGGCGGCAGGCUCCUGGGUUGCGUCGUGGUCCGGUUGGACUUGAAGGCUAUUCUGGAGAAUUUGGGGAGCCACUGCGGUCGUGCGUGCGUGGCUCAGAACGGGUGGGUCGGAGUGGGUGGGUCGGAUGCGAAGUUGCAUAUGAAUGUUCGGGCCGAGCCCGACCCGAGAUUUGUUUUCCGGUUCGAUGGGGAGCCCGAGUGCAGCCCCCAGGUUUUUCAGGUUAAUGGGAAUGUGAAGCAGCCGGUUUUCACCUGCAAGUUCGGAGUCAGAAAUUUUGGGGAUAGGGUUUUGAGAUCCAGGUCUGCCUUGUCUGAACCAAGCACCUCAUCCAGCUGCUUCACCCCCAUCAAAUCGAGAUCCGACAACUCCCAUAACCCCAGAAAAGAACGAAAGGGAUGGUCGAUCACUAUCCACGACCUGCAAGGCUCCCCGGUGGCAGCCGCCUCUAUGGUCACCCCCUUCGUCCCAUCCCCCGGCUCCAACCGGGUCAGCCGCUCCAGCCCGGGCGCCUGGCUCAUCCUCCGGCCCGGCCACGCCACCUGGCGCCCCUGGGGCCGCCUCGAGGCCUGGCGAGACGGGUCCCGCCUCGGCUACCGUUUCGACCUCGUCCCCGACGGCAGCGGCGGAGCUGGAGCAGUCGACACCGUCCCGCUCGCCAGCUCGUCGGUGGACGCGAGUGCCGGCGGGAAGCUGUGCAUCGACGUCACGACCGGGGGCCCCACGCCCCUGGCGAGCCCCAACAGCAGCUUCGAUUUGGGGUCGGGUUCCGGGUCGGAUCUCGGGUCGGCAUCAGGGUCAGGGUCGUGGGCCCACUUGCUGUACCGGGGGUUUGUGAUGUCGUCGACUGUGGCGAGGAGGGGAGGGCCGGAGGUGGAGGUUGGGGCGGCGCACGUGACUUGCGCGGAGGAUGCGGCUGCAUUCGUGGCGCUGGCGGCGGCGAUGGACCUGAGCAUGGAAGCCUGCCGCUCGUUUUCAGGGAGGCUGAGGAAGGAGCUGAGGCCUCAGUCGGAUCAUGAUUCAUAG